GCAUAUAUGAGCCAGCGUCCGCCAAGCGCGCUAAACUCACUGCAAAGGAAGCGGCUCUAACUUCCCUAACGAGAGGAUGUAAAUUUGAUUGCACCCACCGGAUUGGUCAAUUUGCCUGUGGUUGAUAUUCUGUAGACGAGUGAAGUGAGGGUUCCCGUCGAGUUAGAUGGGGGACGGCCGAGUUACUCAGCAGAUCCCAGGCUGCCAGGCAGCCGUGAAAGCGUUUCAAUCCCAAGUGCACACCUCUGAGUACACACCCAAAGCAAUACUUAAGAUUUUUUGUAAAUCAGAUUAGAAUCAUGUCCCACACUAUCCGAUCGUCUCGGGAGAUAGCUCUAAUAAGUGUCUGUGACCCUACAGAAAGACGCGGGCUUGAAAAGGUCUCAAAACAAGGACGGGAAAAGAAAGGAGCUAGGGACCAGAAGAAGAAUGCGAACCUAAACGCACAAGUUCACCCAAAAGUUCCCCGGAUGCUUCCCGCAAGACGCUGCAGAACGAAUGGCUUUGAUUCGGACCACUAUCGGUACAAACCUCUAAGCCAAAGGACCAUAAGAUUGAUAGUAAUCCACCCGAGUCGAGGAAGUGACCAGCCUUUGUCGUGUCACCUUAACAUUGUCCACUUUGAUUCAGCACCAUCAUACGAAGCUCUAUCCUACAGAUGGGACAAACAAGAUGGCGGCGUCCUGUGGUGCUGUGGGAAGCCUCUCAAAAUCCGGCUCAAUUUGAUGAAUGCCCUCAACCGUCUCCGCCUCCCCGAUGCUCAACGGUUAAUAUGGGCCGACGCCGUCUGCAUUAACCAAAGCGACCGGGGAGAGAUAACAGACCAAAUGAAAAUUAUGGGAGAAAUCUACAACAAGGCUACCCGUGUCCUUGUUUGGCUUGGGGAAGACACCACCGACGAAGCCGAGCUGGCGCUCGAUCGUAUUAGAAGCAUCUCCAAUGGUAUCCCUCCCCCCGGAAACUUGUCAUGGUGGGGCCCAGUGGAAGCGUUCUACAGUCUGGACUGGUUUUCAAGACUAUGGGUUUUUCAAGAAAUCGCAAUGGCAACCUCUGCAGAAAUGCUUUGGGGAGCGGCAAGUAUUUCAUGGGAAACAGUUGGCCUAGCUUCCACCUCGAUAAGGACGCUUCACUGCGGCAAAAUGGCGCGUAAUCCAGAGUCUGGCAUGUUGCAUGCGUAUCUAUUCCACAAGUGGUCCAUCAAUAGAAACGACUCUCGACGCGAAAGCUUCCUGUAUAUAUUGCAGGUAACCCGAAAACUCAAUUGCGAGAAACCAAAAGAUCGCAUAUACGCACUCUUAGGGUUUCAUACCGUGGAUAUCGAUGCGACCGAUAAAGACUGCUUUUUGCAGCCCAACACAAAGUGCCGCACUCUGUCGGUCUAUCGAAAGGUUGCUAGACAUGCGUUAAAACGAACGCAGACGCUUGAUGUACUAUCCGCUGUUCAACACCAAUCUAGCGUCCGGAGACCAACCUGGGUUCCAAGGUGGAAUAUCUCUACCGGUUACACGUUGGCGCCACUUGGUUCGAAAGUCCAAAAAUUUACCGCCUCAGAAUGCCUUCCGGCUCAUUCAAUCAAGUGGAAGGGGAGGUGGGGUGGGGUUCUCCGUGUUUCGGGUAUUGAAUUCGACAUUAUUGUGGAGGUGGCGGAUGUGAUUCCUGGGUUAGAAAGGCCUGGUGAGCAAACUGCGGCGCUGGUCGAAGUAAUAGCCAAGAUGCGUUCUAAAACUAUUCCUUACCCAACAGGAGAGCCCCUUGAAAAGGUAGGUUGCUGGACCCUGACGGCAGGUAAAGAUUGGUAUGGGAUGAUAGACUCAGGUUGAAAAUUGAUGU